AUGUUGCUGCUCGCAGUCACCGUAUCCGUCGCCAAUAUGUUUUUAGCUUUCGACGUUGUUUGCGUGCCCCUAUCGGACCAGGGUCCCCAUAUCGCCCACAGCUGGGGCCAGUCGGUCCGACUCAAGCACCUGUACGCCGCCAGGCCCGGACUACACCUGCUGAUCAGUGAGGAUGGACAGAUCCACGGCUCUGCGCUCCAGACUCCGUACAGCCUGCUGGAGAUCAGUCCAGUGGAUCCCGGCUCUGUUGUCAUCAGAGGAGUAGCAAGCGCACGGUUUCUCUGCAUCGAAGGCGAUGGAAGACUGUACUCAUCGCACACCUACAGCAGAGAUGACUGCACGUUCAGAGAGCAGAUCUUGCCGGACGGCUACAACAUCUAUGUCUCUGACAGACACGGAGCUCUGCUCAGUCUGGGAAACCACAGGCAGAGGCUGCAGGGUCGAGACCGGGGCGUACCGGCUCUGGCCCAGUUCCUCCCAAGGAUCAGCACCGUGGAUCAGGCCUCGUCCCCUGGACUGGACGUACCUGACCAGCCGCAGCAGAGCACAGCACAAACAGAAGAACCUGUGGACUCGAUGGACUCGUUUGGAAAGCUCUCUCAGAUCAUUCACAGUCCCAGCUUCCAUGAGAGAUGA